AUGACAAAAACAGAGUCUAUAGACCAGGAGUCGCUCCAUGGAUUGUUUGGAUGGAUCACAUGGGUGUUCAAGUCUAUACCAGGGCGGGACAUAAUUUUGCGCUAUAUCGCCAGCAGCUACCAAAAUGAUCCGAUCCGCUCAUUGCUGGAGCUGAUUCUGUUUAUAUUUGCUGUUCGUACGAUUCUGCAAAAUCGAACGCGUGCACGUGGAACGUCCCACUUCAUUCAAUUCUCAGAGGAUGAAAUUGAUUAUCUUGUCAAUGAAUUUGAGCCUGAGCCCCUUUGUGCCCCACUUGAUGCCAAGGAAAAAGAUGAACUUGACUCGGUCCCCAUGGUUGUAGGCCAUGCGUCUGCACACCCUAUGGUCCAAGCCCCGUGGAUGACAGGCACAACCCCCAGGCGUGUUAUGAACCUUGCAUCCUUUAAUUUCACAGGCAUGUUGAACGAGCCUGAACUCCAAAAGCAAGCCAAAGAGAUGCUCCACGAGUAUGGCGUGGGAAGCUGCUCGCCUCCUGGCUUUUAUGGAAUUAGCGACCAGCAUAUUCGGCUUGAGGCGUCCGUGGCUUCGUUUUUCCGAAAGGAUGCGUCCAUCGUAUACAGUCAGGGAUUUUCCAUUAUGAGCAGUGUUGUUCCUGCGUUUUGCAAACGUGGUGAUGUGAUUGUGGCUGAUGUGGGUGUGUCCUUUGCUAUUCAAAAGGCUCUGGAACUCUCGCGAAGCCACAUUUACUGGUACGACCACAACGACAUGGACUCGCUCGAACAUGUGCUAUCGUACAUCAACCGUGCCCAUCAGCAAUCUCGAAAGCCUCUGACCCGCCGCUUCAUUGUGACCGAGGCACUCUUUGAGGCAGAUGGCACAGUCACAGAUCUUCCCACGAUUGUGGACCUCAAGAAGAAAUACAAAUUCCGCAUGAUACUUGAUGAGUCGUACAGUGCCGGAGUAAUCGGUGCAACCGGUCGUGGUCUCACUGAGCUCCAGAAAGUUGACCCAGAUGAUGUCGAUAUUAUUGUGGGUAACUUGGCAGUGGCGUUUGCGACGGCUGGUGGCUUCUGUGCAUCGACGCAAGAGAUUGUUAAGCAUCAGCGAAUCAACGGCCUGUCGUAUGUAUUCUCAGCAGCCAUGCCAGUUAUGUUGGCAAACGGCUCAACAGUUGCUAUGAAAUUACUGGAUGCGAAUCCCAGCGUUUACGAUAAGUUGCACGAGAACGUGUCGAUUUUGCGCAAGGCACUGGAUCCGAUCACUUCCAUCAUAAUUCCUAGUGCGCCCGAAAGUCCACUUGUACAUGUCCAAAUUAAAUCGAAGAGGGAUGAUAUGGAUGCCUCUGCGCAAAAAGAGCUGCUCACCAAAAUUGAGCGCCUUGCAUUGAACCAAGGCGUGUGGAUAACUCAAACCCCGCAUUUGCCAAGUAUACGCCUACAGCUGGAUCAGGGUCCGUGGGCGCGCCCAAGUCUGCGUAUCGCUGUGACGAGCGCACUUAGCGUUGGUGAAAUGGCACAGGCUGCUGACAUUGUCCGAGCAAGUAUUGUCUCUGUAGUGGGUCCAUAG